AUGACGUCAGCACCAUCUACGUCACAGCCACCCUCCGCCGCCACCUCUCGCGUCUGCAGAAGUGGAUGGCGGAUCGUCGUGCGGGCGCUGACCUGGCGCAGGCUUCGCAGGGUCCAGCGAAGAGGCGCGCGGCUCCAGCGUCAGACCGAGGCACGCGCCGGACAGUCCCAGCUCGCUCAGCAGGAUCCUCAUGCGGCCAAGCACAUUCCACUCACUGCACGCGCACUCACUCACUCAGUCAGUCGGUUGCGGUCGGCAGGUCGCGAGAGGGCGCGCGGAGGUACGCGCUGGCGAACGGGCGGUGCGUUACUGAGGCCGCCGCCGCCGAGGCUGGUGGCUAUAUCGCGCCGUCUGACGUCACGACGGCGACGUCACGGAUGCGACGUCAUUAACGGUACCUCCCACGGCCCGCCCGCCGCCGCCUCGCCGCGGCCGCCCGCCCGAGCCUGCGCUAACGGCAUCGCUAGUACGGGACGGAGCUUUCAUACGGCCGCGCCGCCCGCGCCCGGCCGCUACUUCGUUCCUGCCUCACUGUGUCUGAGCUUUCCACGGCUGAACUCGCGCCUCCACUUGUGUUAG